CCCUCGCCUCUCCCCUUCGCGUCCCCCUCCCCGGUCGCGCUAACCGAACCGGGUUACGAAUGGUCUACUUUGUCUUGUAACACUUCAGACCGAAAGUUUAGGACUGCUCGCGUACAGUUCCAAGAUUUACGGGGCAAGGGAAGUCCGUUUAGCGCCUAUGGAAGGGAAUAUUUUAUUUUUCUCCUGCAGAGAACUAGCAGCCCUGUGACACUAUACAAUGGAGCUGGCCAGUGAUUUGUCAUCACUGCAAAUUGAAGAAAACAGAAUGGUAGAGGGGACAUCAAAUCUCUCUGCUAACCCAGAGAUAAUGUCCACAGAUGAACCCGAAGAAGAAUCGCCCUCUGCAGCAUCUCGUCGGACUCGAUCGUCAAGGAAACGUGUCCGUGCUGUAGCAGUAGCCUGCACAGCCAGGCCACAAUGGAAGAAAAGACUUCAAAAUCUUGACACUGACGAGAAGAAAAUCUGCUUGUUUUACACAAAUGUUAACAAAAAUUGGAAAACAAAGCACACUAAUUUAGAAACUAUUUUUGAAGAACCAAAAGAAAGUAGGGAUGGAAAUGAAAUGACUAUGUCUAAAGCAAAAUUGCGCAGAUCACUGAUUUUCAAUACUGAUCGCGUUACUAAAGCUAAGAAGGAGAGGAGAAGAAAGGCUAUAACCAAAAAUAAAUCGGAUGUGAUCAAAGCAAAGAUAGCAAAAUCUGGAGUUUGACUUAUUCGGACUGUGUCAGCUGAACAUUGACUCUGUGAAAGCUGGAAUGUGAUUAAUAUAGGGACUGUGUUUAGUUUAAGUUUAAUUGAGUAUUUUAAGCUGCCAAGGAAAUAACGAGUCCAGCUUUUGGACAAGCCAUGUAUGGUUUGGGACCGUGUUUUUGAUUUGAAAUGAAUUAAAUUUCAAGUUUUCUUUCA